AUGUCUGGCGGAGGAAGUGAAGCAUAUUCAUUCUACAGAACAACUAUCGGAGAAGAAACGUUCGACUUACCACAGCGAUAUGAAAAGGCAUCACUGAUUGCGAAAGGAGGACAAGCUGUUGUGGUGGAGGCCUGGGACAAACGGGAAAAGCAGAAGGUUGCCAUCAAGAAGAUCUGCAAGCCGUUCCAGGAUGCCAGCUCGGCUAAGAACACGUUCAGGGAGAUAGUUCUCAUGCGCAACUUGCAGCAUCCCCAGUGCAUGGGCGCAUUGGACAUAUUUACUUCAGCCUCAAACCUGCAAGAAUUCAGCGAUGUUUACCUGGUGAUGCAGAAGAUGGAUUGUGGCUUGAGUUCUAAACUUGGCAAGCACUUGGACCACUCUGACAUAAUAUUAAUCCUUCGUGGGAUUCUUAAUGGAGUCCGUUAUUUGCAUGCCAGAAACAUCAUUCACGGAGAUCUAAAACCUAGCAAUAUUUUGAUGAAUAGCGACUGCACGUUGAAGAUUUCUGACUUCGGAAAGUCGCUAGUAGAUGACGGAGAGGGGAAUACGGGUGUAACCAGCGGGACCACUAUCUAUCUUGCUCCAGAAGUCAUCCAGGGUGGUCAUUGCGGAAAAGGUGUGGAUUCUUGGGCGAUCGGAUGCAUCCUUUCGCGGCUUCUGGGACGGCAGAGACUGCACCAAGCUAAAGAUUCUACUAACCAGCAUAUGAUAACAUCACUGGGUAGUGACGUAAUGGAAACACCAGAAGAUUGGAUUCGCACUAAUCAAGCUAAGGAUCUAAUAUCCAAGAUGCUUAAGAUCAACCCUGACGAGCGCAUCUCCAUUGUACACGCACUUCGCCAUCCAUACGUCCGAAGACCGCGGAGCAGUAGGGAACCUCAUCGUUCCGCCCCGGACCAGUUUACGCACACAAUGUUCUCUAAAGACCGAACUGUCGAGGAAUGGAAACAGAUCACAUAUGGCGAAAUCCAGAACGCACAGGAUCCCGCUCGACCCCAUUUUCUCAGUGGUGAGGUUGCCGACGGUGCUCUGGCUGCUGCUGUUUUUCUUGUUCUCGUUCUUGUUGUUGUGCUUGUAGUACUUCUACUAAGAGUCGCAUCACAAAUGGAUGUCGUCAACCUUUAUAGUUAG